CUCUGUCUCUCUUCUUGUUCUUCUUCUUCUACCUCCUCACUUCUACCCUGUGUUUCUUGCUUAAUUUCUCUCUUUGUAUUAGCAUUACUGCUGCAUUUCGUGGUUUCUUUCUCUUUUUUUCUGUGUUUCUGUUCGUUUCACUUAUCAGAAACCGUAGCAAAGAAAAAGCAGAAAAAAUGCCUGCAGUAGGAGGCAUAGCCCCUGGUAAUGGCAGAAAAGAAUACCCAGGAAACCUCACCGCUUAUGUGACUGUCACAUGUAUCGUUGCAGCCAUGGGGGGUUUGAUCUUUGGUUACGAUAUUGGUAUCUCUGGUGGAGUUACGUCCAUGGAUUCCUUCUUGAAAAAGUUUUUUCCUUCAGUCUACCGAAAGAAGAAACAGGACGCAGUCUCGAAUCAGUACUGUCAAUAUGAUAGCCAGACAUUGACUAUGUUCACAUCUUCACUAUAUUUAGCUGCUUUAAUGGCUUCUCUGGUGGCUUCCUGGAUUACUCGUAAAUUUGGAAGGAAACUUUCUAUGCUUUUUGGUGGAGUGCUCUUCUGUGCUGGAGCUAUCAUCAAUGGCGCGGCUAAAGCAGUCUGGAUGUUGAUUCUUGGUAGAAUUUUGCUUGGUUUCGGCAUUGGUUUUGCCAAUCAGUCUGUGCCACUCUACCUCUCUGAGAUGGCUCCAUACAAAUACAGAGGAUCACUCAACAUCGGCUUCCAGCUCUCAAUCACAAUCGGCAUCCUCAUAGCCAAUGUGCUCAACUAUUUCUUCGCCAAGAUCCAUGGUGGUUGGGGAUGGAGAUUGAGUUUAGGAGGAGCCAUGGUCCCUGCCCUUAUAAUCACCGUUGGAUCACUAGUCCUACCAGACACACCAAACUCCAUGAUUGAACGUGGCCAGCACGAGGAGGCCAGGACAAAACUGAGAAGAGUUCGUGGUGUUGAUGAUGUUGAUGAGGAGUUUAAUGAUCUUGUUCUUGCUAGUGAAGAAUCAAAGAAAGUUGAACAUCCAUGGAGAAAUUUGUUGCAGAGGAAGUAUAGGCCUCAUCUUGCUAUGGCUAUUGCAAUCCCAUUUUUCCAGCAACUCACUGGCAUUAAUGUGAUAAUGUUUUAUGCUCCUGUGUUGUUUGAUACAAUUGGUUUCGGCAGUGAUGCUGCACUCAUGUCGGCUGUGAUCACCGGUUUGGUUAAUGUUUUUGCAACCAUGGUUUCAAUCUAUGGAGUUGAUAAGUGGGGGAGGAGGUUUCUUUUCCUUGAGGGUGGAGUUCAAAUGUUGAUAUGUCAGGCAGUGGUUGCAGCUUGUAUUGGUGCUAAGUUUGGAGUAGAUGGGAACCCUGGUGACUUGCCAAAGUGGUAUGCAAUUGUUGUGGUGCUUUUCAUUUGCCUCUAUGUUGCUGGAUUUGCUUGGUCUUGGGGUCCCCUUGGAUGGUUGGUUCCUAGUGAAAUUUUCCCACUUGAAAUCAGAUCUGCUGCUCAGAGUGUCAAUGUUUCAGUGAACAUGCUCUUUACAUUUGCAGUGGCUCAAGUUUUUCUAUUAAUGCUUUGUCACUUGAAAUUUGGGCUGUUCCUCUUCUUUGCCUUCUUUGUGUUGGUGAUGUCCAUUUUUGUUUAUUAUUUCUUGCCUGAGACAAAGGGGAUUCCAAUCGAAGAAAUGGGACAAGUCUGGAAAUCACACUGGUAUUGGUCUAGAUUUGUUGCUGAUGAAGAUUUUGCCAAUGGAAAGCUUGAGAUGGGCAAGGGAAACCAAGGUCAAGUUCCCAAGAUUGUGUGAUUAAGCCUGGAUUUAUUUAGUUGCUGUUUUAUUUAUUUUUCCCCUCUCUCUCUCUUCUUCAGCUUACAGCAGAUACCACUGAUUUAAAUGCCAAAAUUGUAAUGAAUAUAUGUGUCAAAAAUGCGAGUAUUUUAGAUGGGAAUUGAUAUAUUUUGUGAACAGCACAUUGUAUAUCCAUAAAAAUAAAAAUUAAAAAAAAAAAAUUUCAAUUUCA